ACAAGGAGGACCAGACACACUGGACCACCGCCUAUACACGUGUUCUGACUGCUGUACCUGAACAUCCACGCAUCUUUGACUUUAUACUACACUGAGAGAGAUUCAAGGAAACUGGGUGGAUACCUGUUGCGACGAAGGAAGUAUAAGGACCAUGAUGUACGUGUCUCGGCUGGUGCUGCUUCUGGGCCUCCUGCUGUGUCUGGGGGUCCAGCUCUCCACCGCCCAGCACUGGUCUCAUGGCUGGUACCCUGGAGGAAAGAGAGAGCUGGAGGCAUUCACCACCUCUGAGGUUUCAGACGAGAUCAAGCUGUGUGAGGCGGGGGAGUGUAGCUACCUGAGGCCCCAGCACAGGGGCACCUUGAGAAACAUCUUUAUGGAUGUCCUGGCCAGAGAGUUACAGAAGAGAAAGUGACAUCAGUUUGCGAUUCUUUUCUAAAUAGGGGAAAUUAGUUACUUGACUAAAUGGGCUUCAUAAAAUACAUUUUCUUUUUCAAUUUUUUUUCUUGGCUCUCUGUGGUCUAUAAUACAUUGCCAAUUAAAGGUUUCAAGCAUCCUUUCCUUACAUGUGUGCCCUUAUAUCCUAUAAUAAAGGAUAUAUUUUGUUAAUGUUGGGUAUUUCUUUCUUUCAAAGUGAUUUGUGUUGGAAGAGGUGAAAAACAUGCAUAAACGUCUUGCAUUUACAAUGGUUAAAAUAAAAAUAUCAACAUGUA